ACAAUUCCCAAAAUUAAAAAUUGGGUCUCUCUCUCAUCUCCAUAUCCUUGAUGUUGAUUUAUUUUUACAUAUUGAAUAUCAAUCAAGAAACAAAGAAAGAAGAAGAAGAAUGGAAGAGAGAGUUAGUUGUGUUUUGGAUUAGGUCUCCACGUUGCCAUUUCAAAUUGGGCGGGCCACUCUGAGCUUCCCCUCUCUUCAACAAUGGUGUGUGGCCAACCGCCAUUCCCUCUCUUUGCUUUAAAUAUCUGUCUUUGAGGGCCACUCUGCCCGACACACCCUUCAAUCUUGCUAGUUGGAUUUGGUGGCCAACCAUUUACCUUCUUCCCAAAAAACCAAUUGAAAUUAUACUUUCUUUUGUUUUCUUUCUUUCCCUUAUCCCCCCUUUUGAAAACCCCAUGUGGGGUUUUGUUUAUAUCUCUGUAUUUUGAAUCUUGCAGGAGUAUCUGGGUUGGUCUUUAAUGGGGGUUUGGAAUUACUGAUUAUGACACAGCAAGAUUCGCGGUUCAACUGUUGUAAGAAAGAAAAAAAAAGAAGCGGUUGAUUAUUGAUUCUCUCGUCUUCUUCUUCUUCUCUUUUUGGGGAUUUUUUAUUUUGCUUUUUUGAAGUUAGGCGAACGCCUUUCGCGUAUUUCUAAACCGUUUGUUUGUUGAUUUCAUUUGGGCUUCUCUGUUUUUUCCUUUUUCUUGAGUUUCUGGUGACCCUCCACGACCCAACAUCAACUUCCUGUCUUCUUUUUUUCCAACCGUUUUUGUUGCCUUCUUCUUGCUCUUUAUGCCUUUAUAUACGCUCUGUUUCCAAUUCUUUGUUCUUGUGAGAUACCCUUUUAAGGCUUCUUUCUGAAUUUGCAGUUUUGGGCCUGCACGAUAGGUGUUUGAUGUUUUGCCUCACUGAAUACCUUGUAGUUUGGACAUGAGACUUUCAUGAAUUUGGAUUGCUUGCUUUUGUCCCAAAGUGGGUUCCGUUUCUCUUUUAAUCAUUACGGGCAAAUUUUGUGUGAUUUUUGUUAUCUUCGUGCUUGGACUGGCCCUUUAGUUUUAGUUAUCCUUUCAUGAGAACCACCCCUUGUUCUUUGCUCAUAUUUCCAACUUUCUCCAUGUCCGUGUAGUUUGUUGUUUUGUUAAGGAGCGUGAUUGGUUUUAGUUAGACAAGGCCGUUUUGCGAUGAUUCAUUCUGGUUUCUUCCUUUCGGGACCAUCGUUUAAUUCUGAUGUUACUACGUCUUUCAUAUCAAUUCCGGUCUCUGGAGAAGAUGGUGCUAGAGCUGAUGAGAUCAGCAACCAUACGUCUGAUUCCAUCCCCCCUUCUUUUUGGGUUAGAAUGGCGAUGAAAAUAUCUAGAGCUAGAUGGUUCAUUUUCUUGAGAAGAAUUUUCCACUACCAAAACGGAUCGAGAUCUGAUCUUGGGCCGAAUCCUUUCAAUUCGGGUUUGUGGAUGGCGAUGGAGCUUGUAGCUCUGUUGUUUCAGCUAAUUAUCUCAGCGUUUACUCUUGCCAUUUCACAAGCUGAGAGGCCAGUUUGGCCUAUGAGAUUGUGGAUAGGUGGUUAUGAUCUUGGCUGUGUUCUUAGCUUAUUGCUUCUCUAUGGCCGCCAUCGGUAUCAUUAUCUAACACAGGGAGAUGGUAACAGUCUUUCAGAUAUCGAACACGAACAACAGAGGAGCAAUGAAUCAUCUAGGUACUCACAUUUGAUGAACAAAUGCCGCACGUCUCUCGAUCUUUUCUUUGCCAUAUGGUUUGUAAUGGGCAAUCUUUGGGUCUUCGAUUCUCGCUUAGCCUCGUUCCAAAGAGCUCCCAAGCUACAUCUACUAUGCAGCUUCCUGCUAGUUUGGAAUGCCAUCUGCUACUCUUUCCCAUUUAUUCUAUUUCUGCUGCUAUGUUGCUGUGUGCCAUUGACUAGUAGCCUUAUAGGAUACAACAUUAACAUGGGAUCAACCGAAAAAGGAGCAUUAGACGAUCAAAUUUCCCAGCUACCUUGCUGGAGAUACAAAGCGGUUGAAACCAACAUCAACCCCGGAAGUCAACCCGAUAAUAGCAAUACAGGACUUCCAAAAGAGGAUCCAGAAUGUUGCAUUUGCCUUGCCAAGUAUAUAGACAAGGAAGAAGUGAGACAGUUGCCUUGUUCCCAUGUGUUUCAUCUCAAGUGUGUAGAUAAGUGGCUUGCUAUUACAUCUUCAUGCCCUCUUUGUAAGCAACAACUUCAAAGUUAAGAGAGCCAAGAAAGCAGAAGCAGUUCAAGUGCUUCUUUGGGUUUUUUCUUUUCUUUUUCCCUUCCAAAUGGAAAUUUUCUCAUUUUCACUGUUUUUGUGAUUUAGUCAUUAGAUUAGAGUCUCCCAUGGUUACUUGAGUGAGUUUUAGUGCUCACCAGUUACCUAAAUAUACUGAAAUAUUGAAGGUUACACAUAACAGGAAAAUGAUGCCUUAUUUGUAGAUAUUGUGAGAACUAUAGUAUUUGCCCAAUGAAUACAAACCAAGUGUGCUUUUUCCCUCUUUA